GAUUCGUUACUGCCAACAAUUCUUCUCGCACAUGUCACCGGGAGAGCUCAUCACAAUGCGACCUCCCUUCCAACCAAUGAUCGUGCAAUCCGACGUUUCCCGCCUUCAUACGCUCAAUGA